GUUAUAGCAUUCGGGAGCGUCGGUCGUCGGCAUUCGUUUAUUUGCCUUUCGUUUUCAUUGUUUUCGAAAAAGUUAAAUGAAAUUUACGUGACAUGGACGUGCCGGCAAAGGGAAAUGUUCUGGGACGUGUCGUCCCAGCACGUUAUGUCCUCGCCGUCCUUGGCUCCAUUGGCAUGGCCAUAGUCUACGGGUUGAAGGUCAAUCUGUCGGUGGCGCUAGUGGGGAUGCUGAACAAAACAGCGAUCAAAAUAGCUCUGGGCAAUAAGAGUCAUGACGAUACUUUAUUUAAAAACCUGUCAGUGAUACCCGACAAUGAGGAAUGCCAGCCAACUGGUGGAUCUAAUAGAAACGCUACGGAAUUGGUGGGACCGUUCGUUUGGUCAUCCGAAGUGCAGGGAAUCGUUUUGAGUUGUUACUUCUGGGGUUAUUUCGUCUCCCAAAUACCUGGGGCUAGAGUGGCAGAACUUUUCUCGGCGAAAUGGGUGAUGUUCUUCAGUGUAGCCAUCAACGUGGUUUGCACAUUGCUCACCCCGGUGAUGGCAGAGGCACAUUAUAUUGCCGUUGUAAUCAUGCGAAUCGGAGAAGGCAUAGGUGGGGGAGUAACAUUUCCAGCGAUGCAUGUCUUGUUAUCAAAAUGGGCGCCUCCAGCUGAACGAAGUGUCAUGGCGGCGUUGGUUUACGCGGGAACUUCUCUUGGUACUGUCAUUUCUAUGUUGAUGGCUGGCGUUCUUACUGCUAAUGUUGGUUGGGAGAGUGUUUUCUACGUGAUGGGUGGUCUGUCGUGCGUGUGGUGUGUGCUUUGGGUGAUCUUAGUCCAGGACUCACCCCAGCAACAGCCACUUAUCAGCGCGGAAGAGAGAAGCAUGAUCGUAAGCUCGCUGGGCGGAAAAACUAAUGACAAAUCCCAUAAGAAAUUACCUGUACCUUGGAGUAAGGUGCUCAAGUCACCUCCGUUCCUGGCGAUCUUAGUGUCGCACGCGUGCUCCAACUGGGGCUGGUACAUGUUGCUUAUUGAGACACCUUUCUAUAUGGACCAAGUACUUAAGUUCGACAUGACCGAGAACGCGGUCAUAACUGCUCUCCCGUUCCUUUCCCUGUGGAUCUUCAGUAUUGCUCUGAGCAGAACCUUAGAUUGGCUUCGUUCUAAGAACGUUAUCACAACAACUACAGCCAGAAAGAUUGGCACUCUGUUCGCUUCACUGGUACCGGCAACUUGUCUACUGGGACUAUGCUACAUCGGGUGUAACCGCGCUGGCGCCGUGGUGCUGAUGGCCGUGGGCAUCACCAGUAUCGGCGGAAUGUUCUGCGGAUUCCUUUCUAAUCACAUCGACAUUGCUCCUAACUUUGCCGGUACCCUGAUGGCGAUGACAAACACGGUGGCUACCAUCCCGGGAAUCGUGGUCCCCAUUUUUGUUGGAAUCCUGACCCACGGGAAUCAAACCAUUUCGGCUUGGCGUGUCAUAUUCUUCGUGACAAUUGGACUCUACAUUAUUGAAAUUAUAGCGUACACUUUAUUCGGUUCUGGGGAAGAGCAGCCUUGGAACAAAGUGACAGAAAAUAAAGAGGACUUUGAGGUGAAGCCUCUCAAGACCGAAAAGACGCACGUCUAAAUGAUUAUCUAUGAUCAUUAGAUUGUUUCGAUACUUAAAUCACUUUAUGGUCACUUAAUGAUCGCGUUGGAGUCCACGUAUCUCUCGGUACCUAUCUAAGAAUGUUUAAAUGAUAGGAUAAACAUAAAUAAAUAAAAGGCUGUGGACAAAUUACACACGGUCCUCUGACCCUGAACUAGUAUUCCCUGUACUAUGGGAAACAGAGACUGAUACAUGCAUAUUACAUAUUAUGUUUAAAAAUUUACUUACUGGAGGAAAAAGUGAUUUUUAUAUGUAGAGUUUAGUAUUUUCAUUCGAUUCCAACGAAUAAAUUAUGUAAUAUGUUAUGACUAAGAUUGACGGUAGUUAAAUCAAAUGUCGACGCACAACACUUCCAUCGUCUGUGACCACGAAAUUGUACUCGCAAUAGGAAAUAGUAAAAUGAACAUUAAUUAACGCUAAAUUUAAAAGUAAAAUACUAAUAUUGGUACUUACGUAUUAACACCACCGCGGCAAAAAUUCUAUUAAAAAGCCGAUAAAAAGCAAACUUUAAGUUUUUAUAUAGUAGCCUUAUUGUUUGCACGCAGCAACUUGU